GAAAAGCAAUCUGCCACGCUCUCCGGAGGCAUGGCCAUGGCGCCUUGGGUUCCCAGCCUGCGCUCCUCCUUCCUCCUCUCCUCUCCCCACCCGAAGCUCUUCCACUCUUUCAAACCCCCCAUCACCGUAAAACGCCAGUCCGUCGCCUCCUAUCCCCGCAUCAAAGCCCUCGAGCUCGACCAGAACACGCUCGUAGCCAUCUCCGUUGGGCUCGUCAGCGUCGCGGUGGGCAUCGGCAUCCCUGUGUUCUACGAGACUCAGAUAGAUAAUGCUGCUAAGCGGGAUAAUACACAGCCUUGCUUCCCAUGUAAUGGUUCUGGUGCUCAACAAUGCAGGUUUUGCACUGGAACGGGUAGUGUGACUGUAGUUCUUGGGGGAGGCGAAUCUGAAGUCUCACGAUGCAUCAAUUGUGAAGGUGCUGGCACGUUAACAUGCACCACAUGCCAAGGCACUGGAAUCCAACCACGUUAUCUGGAUCGCAGGGAGUUUAAGGAUGAUGAUUGAAGCCUUUAUUGGGUAGUUGCAAGAUGUGGCAAUGCAAGCACCAUUACAAACUUGUAAAGCACGCGGGAUCCCUAUUUACGCUAGGAACAUCUUUUGGGAUAGUUUCUUUCAUUCAUUUUUGGAAGAUAUGGUAAUUCCAAGAUCAUAUAUUUAAUGUUUUUGUAUUAUGGUUGCUAUCUCUCUUGCUGUAGCCACAGACAUUAGGAGUCCAUUCCCUGGAAAUCCGACCUUUUUCCUACUAGCUAUUGUUCUACCUGCAUGUGCAUGUGAUCCAAUAAAGAUAGUCACUCAUGAAUUUCUGAUGUUAUCGGAUCAUCAAAUUUUAAGGCAUCAGACUGCUCUCAGUUCCAAUGCUCCCACGCAGCAAGGAGUUGGUCAGCAUGUGGUAGAGCACAAAAUGACUAUCUCUAAGUUGUUCCGUCAAAAAUUUUCUGUGAAGCACACUUGCUCAGUCCAGUUUUACAAUCUGUCCAAAUAACUGUCAUUAGUUGUUAUAAUUGAAAAUAAUGAGAAAUAGCAGCAAACUCUCUCUUA